UCUGGUUUCGUGUUUGUUUCCCCCGGGGGGGGGGGGGCGCAGGCGGCGCUGCUGGUGCUGAGCGCGGCGGCGGAGGCGGCGCCCGACGCCCUGGCCCCCCACGGCGCCGCCCUCGUCGCCCUGUGCCGGGCCGCCCUGAGCCCCACGGCGCCGCCCGGCCCCCACGGCCACCGGCCUCCGGGCCCUGGGGGGGCUGGCGGCCAUGCUGGGCGGCGCCCACACGGAGCUGCUCCGGUCGCUGCUCCCCGACGUCCUGGCGGCCCUGGAGAAGCUGCUCGGCGCCGACGAGGAGCUGGCGACCGAAGCCCUGGAGGUGCUGGACGAGUUCCUGGAGGCCGAUCCGGCCGCCGUGACCCCUCACCUCCGACCCCUGCUCGACCUCUGCCUCCAGGUGGGGGGCGACGCGGGGCGGGGUGACGCCGUCCGCGCCAGGGCUUUGGCCACCGUCGCCUUCGUCGCCCAGCGGUGCCCCAAGGCGCUGCUGCGGGGGGGGCUGCUGCCCCCGCUGCUGGGGGGACUCCUGGGCCCCCUGUGCGCCGCCCCCCCGCCCGGGCGGCCUGACCCCGAGGACGAGGAGGACGAGGAGGGCGGCGAGGCCGAAGGCUGCGGCGGCUCCAGCCCCCGGCACGCGGCCGCCCAGGCCCUCGACGCCCUGGCCCAGGCGCUGCCCCCCGAAAAGCUCCUCCCACCCCUGCUACCGCUGCUGGAGCCGCUGUUGGGGAGCCCCCAGCCCCCCGCCCGCAAGGGGGGGCUGCUGGCGCUGGGGGCCCUGGCCGAGGGUUGCGGGGAGCUGUUGCACCGACGGUACCUGGAGCCGGUGCUGCGGGUGCUGCGGGGGGGCCUGGGCGACCCCCAGGGCCCCGUGCGGGGGGCGGCUGCCUGCGCCCUGCGCCGCCUCGCCGACUGCCUCCAGCCGGAGGUGGCGACACUGGCGGGGGAGAUGCUGCCGACGGCGCUGGCGGCCCUGGAGGGCCCAGGAGUCCGGGAGGCCCCGGCCAAGGCCUGGUACAUCCUGGAGAGCCUCCUCGAGUGCCUCGGCGAGGCCGUGGGCCCCUUCCUGCCCUCGGUGCUGAGCGUCGUCCUGGGGGUCCUGGACCCCCCCGGAUCUGCCCGGAGCCUGGAGCUGGCGCUCAGCACCCUCAGCACCCUGGCGUCGGGGGCCGGGGAGCAGCUGCGGCCCCACGCGGGUCCCAUCCUGGCGGCGCUGAGCCCCCUCCUGCGCCCGGGGCCCCCCGACACCCGGGCCCGGCGCCUCCAGGCUCUCGAGGUGCUGGGCGCGCUGGGACCCGGGGCCGGGCCCCGUCUCAUCCCGGCGCUGGAGCUGGGGCUGGAGCUGGCGCUGGAGGAGGACGAGCCCGAGGGCCGGCGGGUGCUGUACGGGCUGGCGGCGGCGGCGGCGGCGGCGCUGGGCGCCGACCUGGGGCCCCUCCUGCCCCGCGUGGUGCCCGUGCUGCUGGGGGCCCUGCGGCGGCCCCCCGCCCCGGCGGCUGCGGCGGCGCCUGAUUCGUUCCUGCUCUUUGAUGACGUCGACGAUGACGCGAGCGAGGGGGCGGAGCCGAUGGAGGAGGAGGAGGAGCUUGUGGAGGUGGAGGUGGGCGGAGCCUACGUGCAGGAGCUGGAGGAGGCCUGCGAGGCCCUGGGGGAGGUCGCCGAGCACUGCGGCGCCGCCUUCCUGCCUUACGUGGAGCCCAGUCUGGAGGCCGUGCUGGAGCUGCUGGAGUUCCCGCAGGCCGGGGUCGCCUGCCUUGAGCCCGGGGCCGGCGAGGAGGAGGAGGACGAUGAUGAAGAGCAGGCGGAGCUGGCGGCGGAGCUGCGGGAGCUGGCGGGGGAGGGGCUGGUGGCGCUGGCCCAGGCCGUGGGGGGGCAGCUGGCCCCCCACCUCGACGAGCUGCUGCCCCACGUGCUCGCCCGCCUGGAGCCCCGGUGCAGCGUGGGCGAGCGCUCGUGGGCGGCGGCCACGCUGGCCGGGCUGGGCGGGGCGCUGGGCGGGGCCGUGAGCCGCUUCCUGCCCCGCCUCGGCCCUGCCCUGGGGGCGGCGGCCCGCGACCCCCACCCGGAGGUGCGCGGCAACGGCCUCUACGCCCUGGGCGUGGUCGCCGCCGCCGCCGGCCCCGCCCUCGGCCCGUAUCCUUCCGGGACACGCCCCCUCCGCGAGGCCACGCCCCCUCCCUUGGGGGGGGUGGGGCAGGCCCCGCCCCCCCCCCCUCUCCCCUUCGCACACCCUGGGGGCGGCUGUAACGAGGGGCCUGGAGGGGGGGGGGAGGAGCCACAAGGGAGGCCCCGCCCCCUUCGUGUAGCCCCGCCCCCUGUGACGCCCCAGCCCUCUGGCCACGCCCACACCCCACCCUGGCCACGCCCCCAGCCUGUGACGCCCCAGCCCUCUGGCCACACACCCCCCCCCCCCCCCGCGUGUGAUGUUAGAAUCCUCUGGCCACGCCCACACAGCCUGGCCACACCCCCUUUGCCUGUGAUGUCACAACCAUUGGCCACACCCACACACCCUGGCCACGCCCCCCCCACCUGUGACAUUAGAGCCCCGUGGCCACGCCCCCCCCACCGUGCUCUGACGUCCCAGCCCUCUGGCCACGCCCACACCCCCCCCGGCCACGCCCCCCCUGCUCCUGUGACGUUAGAACCCUCUGGCCACGCCCACCCCCCCUCCGGCCACUCCCCCUUCCUGUGACAUCAGAACCCCCCCCAGCCCCGCCCACGCUGCUCGGCCCCGCCUCCCCCCUCUUCCCUGUGACAUCCCAGCCCCAUUGGCCACGCCCACAUCCGCCCCGGCCCCGCCCCCCCUUCCCUGUGACGUUGAACACUCUGGCCCCGCCCACACCGCUCGGCCCCGCCCCCUUCCCGUGACGCCCCCGCCCUCCCCACACCCCCCCCCCUCCCCGCCCCCAGUUCCCUCCAUAGCGGCCCCGGCCCCCCCCGUUGGCCCCGCCCCCCGCGCUAGCCCCGCCCCCCCGCGGCUGGCCCCGCCCCCCCGCUGGCCCCGCCCCUUUCCUUGACG